AUGAAGAUGCUGCAGCUGAUCGUCGCUCUGCUCGCUCUGUCUGGAGUUCUAACAGACAGCAGUAACUGGGCGGUGUUUUAUCCUGAGAGAAAUAUCUGUGCUGUGAGAGGGUUCAGUGCCACCCUUCCCUGUUAUUAUUUCUACCCACAGAGCGGGUAUAAGGUGGUACAAAUGCUCUGGUGCUUAAUGAACUCAAAUAAAAUAUGUGAUGAAUCACUGAUGGUUUAUAACAGCUCAUCAAAAAUCACUUCAGACUUUGUGUACGGUGGAGACGACAAAUCAAACUGUACUCUGUUCAUCCAGAAUGUAACAUUUAAUUAUUCUGGAGAGUACAAAUUCAGAUUUAUAACUAAUGAUUAUAAAGGUAAAUGGACAGGAUAUCCUGGAGUAACGCUUACAGUCUCAGGUUUAAAGGUGGAACUAAUCAGGCUCAGUGGAAACGGGACCCUUAAACCAGGGGACUCCUUAAAUCUGACAUGUCACGUGAACUGCACACACAGUUCCUCACAGAUUGUUUGGUCCAAGAACAACCAGAACCUGAACAGAUCAGGACCCGUUCUUCACUUUCCCAAUCUAACCGUGGAGGAUUCUGGGAAUUAUACCUGCACAUGGAGGACCAAAGUGAGCUCGGGAUCUGAUACGAUCAGCAUUCAGGUUAAAGGUGGGUGGGGGGUCAGCCUGUCAAGAAAUAUCUGUGCUGUGAGAGGGUUCAGUGCCACCCUUCCCUGUAAUUAUUCCUACCCACAGAGCGGGUAUAAGGUGGUACAAAUGCUCUGGUGCUUAAUGAACUCUCAAUUUUGUGAGAACUCACUGAUUGUUUAUAACAGCUCAUCAAAAAUCACUUCAGACUUUGUGUACGGUGGAGAUGACAAAUCAAACUGUACUCUGUUCAUCCAGAAUGUAAAAUUUAAUUAUUCUGGAGAGUACAGAUUCAGAUUUAUAACUAAUGUUACUGAAGGUAAAUGGUCAGGAUAUCCUGGAGUAAAUCUUACAGUCUCAGAUUUAAAGGUGGAACUAAUCAGGCUCAGUGGAAACGGGACCCUUAAACCAGGGGACUCCUUAAAUCUGACAUGUCACGUGAACUGCACACACAGUUCCUCACAGUUUGUUUGGUCCAAGAACAACCAGAACCUGAACAGAUCAGGACCCGUUCUUCACUUUCCCGCUCUAACCAUGGAGGAUUCUGGGAAUUAUACCUGCACAUGGAAGACCAACGGGAGCUCGGGAUCUGAUAUGAUCAGCAUUUAUGUUGAGGGUUGGUCCAUCAGCUCAGGAGUUCUAACAGACAGCAGUAACUGGGCGGUGUUUUAUCCUGAGAGAAAUAUCUGUGCUGUGAGAGGGUUCAGUGCCACCCUUCCCUGUAAUUAUUCCUACCCACAGAGCGGGUAUAAGGUGGUACAAAUGCUCUGGUGCUUAAUGAACUCAAAUAAAAACUGUGAGAACUCACUGAUGGUUUAUAACAGCUCAUCAAAAAUCACUUCAGACUUUGUGUACGGUGGAGACGACAAAUCAAACUGUACUCUGUUCAUCCAGAAUGUAAAAUUUAAUUAUUCUGGAGAGUACAGAUUCAGAUUUAUAACUAAUGAUGAUAAAGGUAAAUGGUCAGAAGAUCCUGGAGUAAAUCUUACAGUCUCAGAUUUAAAGGUGGAACUAAUCAGGCUCAGUGGAAACGGGACCCUUAAACCAGGGGACUCCUUAAAUCUGACAUGUCACGUGAACUGCACACACAGUUCCUCACAGAUUGUUUGGUCUAAGAACAACCAGAACCUGAACAGAUCAGGACCCGUUCUUCACUUUCCCAGUCUAACCAUGGGGGAUUCUGGGAAUUUUACCUGCACGUGGAGCAGCAGCGUGAGCCUGGUAUCUGAUACGAUCAGCAUUUAUGUUGAGGGUGGUAACUGGGCGGUGUUUUAUCCUGAGAGAAAUAUCUGUGCUGUGAGAGGGUUCAGUGCCACCCUUCCCUGUUAUUAUUUCUACCCACAGAGCAAGAAAAAGGUGGUACAAAAGCUCUGGUGCUUAAUGAACUCAAAUAAAAUAUGUGAGAAACCACCGUAUGUUUAUAACAGCUCAUCAAAAAUCACUUCAGACUUUGUGUACGGUGGAGACGACAAAUCAAACUGUACUCUGUUCAUCCAGAAUGUAAAAUUUAAUUAUUCUGGAUUGUACAAAUUCAGAUUUAUAAUUGAUAAAGGUAAAUAUACAGGAGAACCUGGAGUAAAUCUUACAGUCUCAGAUUUAAAGGUGGAACUAAUCAGGCUCAGUGGAAACGGGACCCUUAAACCAGGGGACUCCUUAAAUCUGACAUGUCACGUGAACUGCACACACAGUUCCUCACAGAUUGUUUGGUCCAAGAACAACCAGAACCUGGACAGAUCAGGACCCAUUCUUCACUUUCACGCUCUAACCCAUGAGGAUUCUGGGAAUUAUACCUGCACGUGGAGCAGCAGCGUGGGCCUGGUAUCUGAUACGAUCAGCAUUUAUGUCGAGGGAACACCUCUCCAGUGGUUAACCUGGAUUAUUUUGGGGGUCACUGGAGGGAUUCUGAUUGUUGUAGUCGUGGUAGCUGUACAUUACAAUCGGAGGAGGAGGAAAAAAGCUUCAGAAGAAAAGAGUGGACCGAGUGAGGAGAAAACACAGGGUGAAGGAAAGACACACGGGGCGCAUCCAAAACGAGACCCUCAGCCUGACCAGCCUGACCAGCCUGAUGAGGAGGUGAUAAACCAGAAUGAAGUGACGUACGCAAAUGUGCGCAUCAAAAACAAGAAAGCAAACAAGGGGAGGAAGGAAAAAGAAGAAAAGAGAGAUGAAGAGGUGAACGAGGACGGAGUGAUGAACGUUCAGGAUGAUCAGCAGGAUGAUUCUGUGAUCUACAGUGAUGUUAAGCUCCACUGA